AUGUGACAGAGGCCUCGGUGUACUCAGGAGUUUGUGCAGAGAUCUUCAAAAGAGAGUGUGUGAUCUUCCAGAAACCAGUCUACUGCUUUGUUCAUCUGAGCAUUCAGGAGUUUCUGGCUGCAGUCUACAUGUUCCAGUGUUACACCAACUGGGAGACAGAGGUGCUGAAGAACUUCCUGGGGAUAGACUGGAAUGAGGAUGAGGAGUAUGAUAAUGAUGAUGGUGAUGAUGACAGUCACAGUGAUAAUUAUCAUGAUGAGAAAGUUUUGCUGGAUGAUUACAUGAUGCAUGAAUCCUCUGUGGAUGAGUUUCUAAGGAGAGUCAUGAGAAAAUCCCUCCAGAGUAAAAAUGGCCACCUGGACCUGUUUGUUCGCUUCCUUCAUGGCCUCUGUCUGGAGUCCAACCAGAGACUCUUAGGAGGUCUGCUGGGUCAGACACAUAUCAGUUCAGAAACCAUCCAGAGAGUCAUCAACAACCUGAAGGAGAUGAACAGUUAUGAAAUCUCUCCUGACAGAAGCAUCAACAUCUUCCACUGUCUGAUGGAGAUGAACCACCUCUCAUUAUUUCAGGAGAUCCAAAGGUUCCUGAAGUCAGAGAACAGAUCAGAGAAGAAACUCUCUGAGAUCCAGUGCUCAGCUCUGGCCUUCAUGCUGCAGAUGUCAGAGGAGGUUCUGGAUGAGUUGGACCUGCAGAAGUACAACACAUCAGAGCGGGGACGACAGAGACUGAUUCCAGCUGUGAGGAACUGCAGAAAGGCUCGACUGACUCAGUGUCGACUCUCAGAGACUCACUGUGAAGUUGUGGCCUCAGCCCUGAAGUCCAACCCCUCCCAUCUGACAGAGCUGGACAUGAGUGGGAACAAGCUGCAGGAUUCAGCAGUGAAGCUUCUGUGUGCUGGACUGGAGAGUCCAAACUGUCGAUUGGAGACUCUGAGGUGAG